UUUAUUGCUCAAGUACUACAGAGUUUACAUCACUCAUAUAAACACAACACAUUUUAACACCGUUUCUUAAUUUUAAUAUGUUUAAAUUAAUUAGAGAUAGAUAUUUUAGAAAGAAGGCAACGAACUGUUUAAAAAGUUUAAAAAAUGAAAGGAGGUAUUCGUACUCAACUGGAAAAGAGUUGGUGAGUUCUGCUGACAUAGUAAUAGUUGGCGGUGGUAUUGCUGGGUGUAACACACUUUAUCAACUAUCCAAAAGAGGUGUGAAUGCGGUGCUUUUGGAAAGAAAUAAAUUGACCAGUGGAACAACAUGGCACACCGCGGGUUUAGUAUGGUCACUGAGACCAAGCGAUUUAGAAGUGAGGUUGCUACAAGAUUCUAGAAACGUAUAUGGUUCUCUAGAAGAAGAGACUGGCGAUUACGCAGGAUGGAUAAACAAUGGAGGCAUGUUUAUUUCCCGGAGCAAGGUCCGCACGGAAGAAUACCUACGGCUGCAUACUUUAGGGAAAGCAAUGGGUAUUCCCAGCGAAAUAUUGGAUCCUCAUGAUGCCCAGAAACUGUUUCCACUCUUAGACCCAACUGUCUUUAAAAUGGCAUUAUACUCGCCUCUAGAUGGUACGAUAGAUCCAGCUAUGGCUUGCAAUGCACUUGUCAAAGCUUCAUCUAAGCAUGGUGGAAAGAUAUACGAAGAUUGUCCCGUUAUUGAUAUUCAUUAUGCUCACAAUUUACUUGGAAACAAGGAAGUGACUGGCGUCCAUACUGAAAAAGGUUUUAUUAAAACAAAAUGCGUGGUCAAUUGUGGAGGUGUUUGGGGUCCACGUAUAGCAAGGUUCGCUGGAGUGCCAUCAUUGCCAAUAAUACCCUUUAAACAUGCUUAUGUUGUUUCGGAUGCAAUACCAGAAAUCCGUGGCUGUCCGAACGUUAGAGACCACGAUGCUAGUCUUUAUUUUAAGAUACAAGGCGAAAGUUGUAAUAUUGGAGGAUAUGAAAAUAAUCCUAUUAUGCUUGAUCAAGUUUCUGAACAUCAACAUUUCCAUUUAUAUGAAUUAGAUUGGGAUGUUUUUAGUGUACAUAUGAAUAGUGCCGCUUCAUUGUGCCCAAAGUUAGCUAAAGUUGGUAUUAAAAGCACAGUAUGUGGACCAGAAUCAUUUACGCCUGAUCACAAACCUCUGCUAGGAGAAGAUCCUAAUGUGUUUGGACUCUUCCACAAUUGCGGCUAUAAUUCGGCUGGAAUGAUGUUUUCUGCCGGUACUGCCAUCCAAAUAGCGGAAUGGAUACUUAGCGGAAGGCCACAUUACAACAUGUUUUCGUUUGAUAUAAAUCGUUUUUCGAAUUCGCAAUUAUCUCGUCCUCAUUGGGUGCGAGAGAGCAGCCACGAAUCUUACGUUCGCAACUAUAGCAUCGUGUUCCCUAAUGACGAACCGCUUGCGGGUAGAGACGCGAGCCACGAUGCUCUGCAUCAAGAGUUGAUAGAUGAUGGCGCGGUGAUGCAAGCGAGAGCUGGUUGGGAACGACCUGGUUUCUUUAUACCUGGUGAAAAGAUUAGAGUUCAACCAUACGACUGGGGUGGUGUCAAUGAUUAUCCCAGGAAUUUAGAUCAGCGGUACGAAGAACUUCUGAAAGGAGAAUAUAGUUUUGGAUUUUCGAAGCAUCAUGAUAUAAUUGGCGCUGAGGCUCUAGCUUGUAGAAACGCAGCUGCACUUUUUAACAUUUCUUACUAUGGCAAGUUUUACUUGACGGGUCCCGAUGCUCAAAGAACUGCGGAACUUGCCUUCACUGCAGAUUUAUCAAAAAAAGCCGAUAGACUAGUUUAUACAUUACUUCUAAAUGAGAAAGGUGGAGUGGAAGCAGAUUUAACUGUUAGUAUUCUCGAUGGAGGCAGCGGCCAAUUACAUGAGCCGAUUUUCAAAGGUCGUGGAUACUAUGUCGUCACGAGUGGUUUCAGCGCGGCUCACACCGCAGCUAUUCUUCGCAAAAUCAUUCAUAAACACAAACUCCGGGCCAAUUUGACGGAUGUCAGCAAGCAACUUUGUAUUUUAGGAAUCCAAGGACCCGAUAGUCAACGCAUUUUACAAAGAUAUACGAACGCUGGUUUAUCUAACGACGCAUUCCCACUACAUACGCAUAGAAGCAUUACCGUUUCGAAUGCGCCUGCUGAUAAUAAAUCCUAUACUUGCCGAGCGCUACGUGUCUCGUGGGCCGGUGAACUGGGCUGGGAACUGCACGUACCAUCCUCCCAUGCAGUACAAGUCUAUAAAGCCUUGAGGAAGGCGAAUGGCUUAAAGAAUGCUGGAUGGAGGGCUUUAACGGCACUUAGUGCGGAAAAAGGUUAUCAUUUAUGGAAUGUCGAUUUGAGAACUGAUGAUAAUCCCAUAGAAGCAAAUUUGGGUUUCGCUUGUCGUAAAGACGGAGAGUACAUUGGCAAUGAGUACGUUACUAAAGCUAGAAAGACCGGUGUCACCAAAAAAUACGCUUUCCUCACACUGGAUGAUAAGGUUGCAAUAUUCGGUCAAGAAGCUAUAUAUAGAAACGGUGAACCAGUGGGUUAUGUAAGACGGGGAGAUUAUGGAUUCUACUUAAACAAGUCUAUUGGAAUAGGUUACAUAACAAACAAGGGUGCGGAAGUCACCAAAGACUAUCUUAACGAGGGCAAUUACGAAAUUGAAGUCAUGGGCAAGAAGUAUAAGGCAAAACUUCAUUUAAAAUCGCCUUUCGAUCCGAAUGGUCAAAGGCUACUCGGUAAUUAUGGAAAUCUUGGUAUGGACGAAAACACCUACGAACCACACGCUGGACAAAACGAAAGAGCAGGCGGCAGUGAAUAGAUAUUGAUCUCAAUUUAAAUUAUAAUCAAUUGUUUUUUUUACUUUAUUUUAUCAAAAUAUCAAACUUCGGUCAUUUCUUCUGUAAA